AUGUCUUCCAAAGCUGUGAACGUGCCCACCGACUUGAAGCAGAAGGAGAAGGAUAUCAAUUCAAAGCUCCAGCUCUUCGGAAUUUACCAUGCCUUUAAGAACAACAAGCUUCCCUCGAACAAGCAAUGUGAUGUCGCCCUGAACAGCGCCCUUUCCUCUAAGGCCCUCUCCUCGCCAUCAAAUGAGCUUUCCAGCGAGGGUAAGGUCCUGAUCCAGGAUCUGCGCAACGUCAUCGAACAGGCUAAGCUGCUGCUUCUCACCAAGAACGAGGGCGAGCUGUUGCAAGACUUCAUCUGGCAAGCUCAGCAGAUCAACACCGGUGAUGUGCAGGCCCCUAAUGUGCCCAUCUCCAAGGAGACGGGCCAGCAGGAUGCGAACAAGGCCUUGGAGGGUCUCAAGACUCUCGGCACACUGCUGAUCACCAACGGAGAGUUCCGCAAGAUCCUGAGUGAUGCUAUGGUUCUGAUCCGCGAUAUGGCGGCCGAUGCCUCCCAGAAGGCGGCCAAUGUGGUUCGCCCUCCUGAGGAACACUUGUCACAGAUUGACGAGCCUGCAGAGGAGAACACCUGGCACGAGAAGCCCAGUGUCUCCAAGGAAGAUAUCAAGCAGCGCCUCAAGAGGAAGGGUGACAAGGACGGCGUUGCCGCGCCCUCGAUUCCUGAGACUGAGUAUACUGAUGAGGACGGUGCCUCUGUGACUCCUUCGGAGCAGAGCCGCCGUAAGAAGUAUGGCCAGCAGGCAAAGGAGUACCUAUCCGAAAAGGUUCCCAAGGAGCGUCGCGAGCAGGCCAUCUGGCGUCUGAAGAAGAUGGUCAUUGAGAUUCAGGGCCACGCCGACUACCAGCAAGCCAUUGAGACUUUGCUGAGCAUGGCUGAGAAGUAUGCUGGCCACACCAAGAGUGCCACCACUCAAAGUGGCGGUGCUGUUCGCGACAUUCGAUCCACCAGCAGGGUCCAUACUGUUGAGCACAACCUGCGCACCCUCAUUGAGCGAUUUGCCAACAACACUUCCUUGUCCGACUUCUUCGAGUCGCUGAACAACAUCUACCGUGACGCUGACAAGGACCCCGAGCUGCGUGGAUGGUUCUCAAACGUCGACACCUACAUCCGCAAGUGUCUGCGUGAGCAGGGCUUCAUCAUGCAGGACGAGUCUACUCGCCAGUGGAACGAGCUCUACGACAGGGGCCGUUACCUUCUCCGCGAGCGCUACCGCACCCACACUGACCGCAUCGUGGAUGAGACCAAAUUCCUGGCGGAUCAAUUCGACAAGGACCCUCGCAACAAGGCCUUCGCAGACUCUAUUCAGAAGUUGUUCCUUGAUCUGGGUCGCGAUGCCGGCGGCAAGGUUGUCUUCAAGAAGCAUCUGCUUAAAGAUAUCCGCGAUGUUAUCCUGCCCGGCAUCAUCGAGAACGUCCGCUACAUCCCUAUCCCUCGUAUUGAGGUUUCGGACCCCACCGUCGACGUGGUUGUUGAGAACCUGACCGUUGAGAGCGAUAACCUGAUGCCCAAUGUCGUCGAGUUUGGUAGCGACAACUACUUCCGCUGGGGGCGCAAGAAGAUCAGCAACAAGCGUGACAACAAGAUCAUGAUUGCUGCAUCCGGCAUCCAGGCUGAUCUCCGCGAUGUCAGCUACUACAUCAAGAAGAAGCAGGGCUUCCCCUCCAUCACUGACAUCGGUGUCAUGGACAUCAUCCUCGGUGGUGAGGGCUUCGGCUUCAAGAUCGCCGCCUCUACCGCGAACAAGGAAGACAAGCAGCACUUCGUCAAGCUGGACAAGGUCUCAGUGAACAUCAAGAACAUGGACAUCAAACUCAAGAAGUCCAAGCACAAGCUUCUCUUCGCCACCUUCAAGCCCUUGCUCUUCAAGGUUGUUCGUCCCGCCCUGGAGAAGGUCAUUGAGGCCCAGAUCCGACAGGCCUUCACUGAUGGUGAUGCCUACGCCCACGAGAUCCACAAGGAGGCUCUGCGUGCCCAGGAGGCUGCUCGUGAGGACCCCGAGAAUGCUCCCAGCAUCUUAUCCCGCUACGCAGACGCCAUGCGCGCCCGCGCCCAGGCCAAGGCCAAGAAGGCCGAGGCGAUCGUCAGCCGCACCAAGGUCCAGACCGUCAUGACCCUGCAUGACUCUAUCUUCCCUGAUAUCAAGCUGCCCGGCGGUAUCUCCAGCAAGGCCACCGAGUACGCUGAAUUGGCCGCCAAGGGCGAGAAGUGGGAGUCGCCCAUCUUCAGCAUUGGCGAUGCCUCCGAGUCGAAGAACAUCCCCAGCGCUGGUGAUGUCACCCGUAAGCCUCACACCACUGCCACAGAUCGCGCUGGCCCUGCUGGUGCUGCUGGUGCUGCUGGUGCCGCUGCUGCGGGCGGUAUUGCUACCACUGGUGUUGCUACUACUACUGGCGGCGCCACCACUCUUCCUGGAACCAACGGCGCUACCAAGGUGGAUGGUUACCCUUCGCGUGGCUUUUCCGAUGAACUCGACGAGGCCUUUGUCGGUGAUAAGACUAACGCCCUGGGCGCGGGUGUCAAGCCCGCUACCAACGGUACUAACGGCACCACCCGCAAUGGUACCACCCACGUCACCAACGGCUCCGCCGCGGUGGUUUAA